UGAAUUUCAGUAGAAAUUUAAUAUUAAGUUGAUUGUGUUACAUUUAAUUGAACAGUUACUUUCUUAUAUUAAUUUUGAAAUAAAAUGCUUGAUUUUAAAAUAUUUUCGAUCAAAUGUGUUUUCGUAAUAAUGGUUAUAAGUUGUUGUAAGAAAGCUUCAUAUGCUGAAUCAGUUUGUCCAGUGCUGGCACAAAAUGUUCUAGGAGAAAUUGAUUAUAAUAGUACAACAGCUUGUGAUAAUUAUAUAACAUCAGUAAUAGUAAAUAAUUUUGGAAUUAUGUUAGAUUCAAAUAUUGAAAUAUCUCCAAAAUAUGAUUGUAUUGAUAUAGAAUACAAUGUUGUAAUAGCGAAUAAAAAUUUUACUUUAAAAGGCUGCAUGUGGAGAGGCAAUAAUAUUUGCGAUAUGAAAAUAAGGAAGGAAUUCGAAAAUUCCUAUAAAAUAUUAAAGUGUCAACAAAAAGCAGCCAAUUCAAGUUCUAAUUUAAAUGUAACAAAAUAUCUUACAUUUGCAUUGUUAGCAUUUAUUUCAUUGAAAAAAAUAUGUUUUUAAAAAUAUAUUAAUUAAUUUUAUAACGUAAAUAAAAGAUUAAAAUUAA